AUGGGCAAACUAAGACUUUCAGCGAGUCCGGACGAGAGCAACACCGGCUGGAAGUUUUAUUUCAAGCUUUACUGCUUCCUGGACACGGAGAAUGUUCCCAAAGACAGCGUGGAGUUCGCCUUCAUGUUUGAACAGGCUCAUGAGGCUGUGAUCCGGGGUCGGUAUCCGGGUCCCGAGGAGACCCUUCAGUUCCUGGCGGCCCUCAGGCUUCAGUACCUCCAGGGGGAUCACAACCCCCAGGUCAAAAUCCCCGAAAUGUCCCUGGUGUUCCCCAUGUCUCGGUUGCGGGCCCGUGUGCAAAACUCGGCCAAAACCUUCGCUCCGAGCUCCGUCAGCAGCAGCGGCGGCGGCGGCGGCUCUUUAUCCGAACGCUCGGGAACGUCGGAGAAGAAACGCUCGAGCUUCCUGGAGGGAACGCUGAGGAGGAGCUUCCGGAGCGGAUCGCUGAGUCGGCAGAAGCUGGAGGAGGAGAACAGCCUGGAGGCGUGGAUGAGGGAGGAGGCGGCGGCCGUGAAGACCUGCGUGAUAGACAAGUGGAGGAAGCUGCAGGGCAUGAACCAGGAACAGGCCAUGGUCAAGUACAUGGCGGUGGCCAAGGAGUGGCAGGGAUAUGGAUCCACGCUGUUCAACGUGGAGUGUCGUGACGGGUCGUUCCCCUCAGAGCUGUUUUAUUCCUACGGUUCAA